CGUGACGCGUUGGGCUGUCGGGCGGGCCUAGAACGCUCCCCACUUCUCUUCGGUUUUCUUGGAAGUGGGCGUCAGUGACUGACGGCGGCGGCUUCGAGCGGUUUCCUGCGGCCUAGGAAAAACCUGCAACAAUGGCUCUGUACCCAUCUCUUGAAGAUUUGAAGGUAGACAAAGUAAUUCAGGCUCAAACUGCUUUUUCUGCAAACCCUGCCAAUCCAGCUAUUCUGUCUGAAGCUUCUGCUCACAUUUCUCAAGAUGGUAAUCUCUAUCCUAAGCUGUAUCCAGAGCUCUCACAAUACAUGGGCCUGAGUUUUAAUGAAGAAGAAAUACGUACAAAUAUGGUCUUGGUAACUGGACCACCAGCACAGGGGCAGUUGGUACCAAGACCUUCUAGCAUGAACUAUAUGGUGGCGCCUGUGACUGGUAAUGAUGCUGGAAUUCGUAGAGCAGAAAUUAAGCAAGGGAUUCGUGAAGUCAUUUUGUGUAAAGACCAAGAUGGAAAAAUCGGGCUCAGGCUUAAAUCAGUAGAUAAUGGUGUGUUUGUUCAGCUAGUGCAAGCAAAUUCUCCGGCCUCCCUGGUCGGUCUAAGAUUUGGGGAUCAAGUGCUCCAGGUCAAUGGGGAAAACUGUGCAGGCUGGAGCUCUGACAAAGCACACAAGGUGCUCAAACAGGCUUUUGGAGAGAAAAUUACUAUGACUAUCCGUGACAGGCCCUUUGAACGCACAAUUACCAUGCAUAAGGAUAGUACUGGACAUGUUGGCUUUAUCUUUAAGAACGGGAAAAUAACAUCCAUAGUGAAAGAUAGUUCUGCAGCCAGGAAUGGCCUUCUCACAGAGCACAACAUCUGUGAAAUCAAUGGACAGAAUGUUAUUGGAUUGAAGGACUCGCAAAUUGCAGACAUACUGUCAACAUCUGGUACUGUAAUUACCAUUACAAUCAUGCCUGCUUUUAUCUUUGAACAUAUCAUUAAACGGAUGGCACCAAGCAUUAUGAAAAGCCUGAUGGAUCACUCCAUUCCUGAAGUUUAAGUCAUGGCACAGUGGAACCUUCGCUGACCCACUCCAGUUUACUUCUUUGACAACUUCUUUAUUAUGCACAUGAAGCUUUCUAGGAGCCAGAGAGCAUAUGCUGCAUGGGGACCUUCCUAUCUUACAUUAUGGCUGGGAACCUUACUGAUUGAUCUCAUAUCUCGUUCAGACUCCAAGAUAGUUGUAGCCUUAUCUGGGUUUUACAGAUGUGAAACUUUGAAAAUAUUUACUGACUUUCAUAGAAUAGUUUCUCUACUGGAAACCUGAUGCUUCUAUAAGCCAUUUUGAUUAGGAUGACUGAUCCAGGCUUAGCUUUAUGUUAGAACUGAUCACCUUUCUUCUUAGAUAGCCAGCACUGCUGUUCAUAGUAGUUUUAUGGUGCAUUGCAUUUUAACUGAGCUCUCACAGCACAACUACAGUAGUUGUUUUCUCUGAUUUUUAGUUGGGUGUGUGUGCAUAGUGUGCGUACAUAAACAACGAUAUGUACCACUGGUUUCAUUCCACAUAAAAUACAGAGUGUGUGUUGCAAGAGAUUGUGCGAAUUAUCAUUAAAUUUCAACUACCUUCACUUAAUAUGCUUCAACUGUCGCCUUAACUUUGUUAAGCAUCUAGAAUUAAAGCCAAAAUAUAACUCUUGCUGCCUUUCUGAAACACUAUACUUCUAGAUUAAACUGAAAUGUACACUAGCCCAUAACAGUGUAAUAGUAUUAUAUACUGAGCUAUAGCAUAGCUGCUUAGUUGCAUUUGAGAUUUUCUAGUCAUUGUGUAAUGGAAACUUAAUUUCUUCUACAAGUUACUGGUAUCACUAUCUGAGAAAUAAAUGACUGCAUAUUUAAUGUAAAAAUCCUUAUACUAAGUAGGAUAACUUUUGAAUCCCUUUUUCAUUUGUAGAUUUAAGGGAUAAUACCUAAUCUUGGCAUUAUAUUCUUAACAUAUGUAACCUAAUUACUCUGAACCUUACAAUGUUUGUCCCUAUCUCCUGACUCCCCUUCCUGCAAACAAAAUGACAAUGACACUUUAUCCUGAUUUUUGCCUAUUCUAUUUUAAUUAAACAUGUAUAAGUUAAGUUUUA